UUCAUUCCUUAGUUGAGAGUAUCAAUUAAUCAUGUCUACUGUUCUAAAGUUUCUCUCAAUUUUAGUUCUUGUUCUUGUUGUUUUAGAUUCAACUAAUGGUCAGGGUCUAAAACUAGGAUUCUACAAAAAGAUAUGUCCUGAUGCAGAAUCAAUAGUUCGUAAGACGACUUCUUCAUUCGUUUCUCAAAAUCCUACUCUUGCUGCUGCAUUAUUGAGGAUGCAUUUCCAUGAUUGCUUUGUCAAGGGCUGUGAUGGUUCAGUUCUAAUCAAUUCUACAAGCAGCAACCAAGCCGAGAAAUCUGCACCUCCUAAUCUAUCCCUCAGAGGGUUUGGUGUAAUUGAUGCUAUUAAGGCUGCAUUGGAACAAAAGUGCCCCGGAGUUGUUUCAUGUGCAGACAUUCUAUCAUUGGCAGCUAGAGAUUCAGUAGCCGCGAUCAAGGGACCAUACUGGAAGGUAACUACAGGUAGAAGAGACGGACGAGUAUCGACCACUUUAAAUGCUUUAACUAAUCUACCACCAGGAAGCGCCGACAUCAGCUCAUUGAAGGCUACAUUUGCAUCAAAGGGUUUGAAUUCAAAAGACCUUGCAGUCCUAUCAGGUGCACACACCAUUGGUGUUUCCUUUUGCUCAAGUUUUACAAACAGACUGUACAAUUUCACCGGUAAAGGAGAUUCAGACCCAACAUUGGACAGCGAGUAUGUUCCGAGAUUAAAGAGCAAAUGCAAGCCAAACGAUGCAGUUCAGACAGCUGAGAUGGAUCCAGGGAGUUUCAAAACAUUCGACUCAAGUUACUAUUCGCUUGUUAUUAAGAGAAGGGGAUUGUUUCAAUCUGACUCCGCUCUACUUAAUGACGCGGUAACUAAGGCUUAUGUCAAAAGACAAGCAACAAAAAGAGGAUCACCAACUUUCUUCAAGGAUUUUGCUAAAUCUAUGGAGAAAAUGAAUGCUAUUGAAGUUCUCACUGGUAAAGCUGGUGAAAUCAGAAAGCAUUGUGCCUUUAUCAACUAGUAAUAUAGCCAGAGGUUGAGUUAAUUUCUUGAAGACGGAUAAAGAAGUUGAGACCUAAUAAGGGACAGAAUGGAUGUCGUAUAAGUUGCAUCAAUUUCUUGUAGUAUAAUCAAUUUGUUUGCAUUGUUAUUUUGUUUAUUUUUUUGUUUUUUCUUUUUUUUCUUUUAUACGCAUGAUAAUGCAUGAGUAUCAUUUUGUAUUUCCUUUCAUGGAAAUUGCUCAACGGAGAUUUCUUCCUUUAGAGAAAGAUAUACUUGGCGAAGAAUUACUUUCUCUGU